GCCGGGGCUCCGGGCCGGGGCCCGCCGUGCCCGGCGGCGCGGCCCCAUGGAGCCAUGGCGCGUAGGGCGCCGAGCGGGCGCGCCCCGGCCGUGGCUCCGGCUCCGUCCCGGCGCCUGGCAGGGAGGGUGCUCGUGCUCUUCACGCUGUCGCUGUCCUGCUCCUACCUGUGCUACAGCCUCCUGUGCUGCUGCGGCGGCCCCGCCGCGCCCCGCGCCCGCUGCGCGCCCGCCCGCGCCGCCAACGCCAAGAAACUUCUGCAGCAGCCGCGGCCGUGCGGGCGGACGGCCCCGAACCCGCCGGGCGGCAGCGCCCCGGGCCCGGCCCGCCCGGGCACCAAGCGCCUGCCCAGGGCCAUCGUGGUGGGCGUCAAGAAGGGCGGGACCCGCGCCGUGCUGGAGUUCAUCCGGGUGCACCCCGAGGUGCGCGCCCUGGGCACCGAGCCCCACUUCUUCGACAGGAACUACCACCGCGGGCUGGAGUGGUACAGGAGCCUGAUGCCCCGCACGCUGGACAGCCAGAUCACGGUGGAGAAGACCCCCAGCUACUUUGUCACCAAGGAGGCGCCGCGGCGCAUCUUCAACAUGUCCCGGGACACCAAGCUGAUCGUGGUGGUGCGGGACCCCGUCACCAGGGCCAUCUCUGACUACACCCAGACGCUCUCCAAGAAGCCAGACAUCCCCACCUUCGAGGGGCUGAGCUUCCGCAACCGCAGCCUGGGUGUGGUGGACACGUCCUGGAACGCCAUCCGCAUCGGGCUGUACGCCCUGCACCUGCAGAGCUGGCUGCAGUACUUCCCCCUGUCCCAGAUCCACUUCGUCAGCGGGGAGAGGCUCAUCACAGACCCUGCGGGCGAGAUGGGCAAGGUGCAGGACUUCCUGGGCCUCAAACGGGUCAUCACGGACAAGCACUUCUACUUCAACAAGACAAAAGGCUUCCCGUGCCUGAAGAAGUCGGAGAGCAGCGGCUUGCCUCGCUGCCUGGGCAAGUCCAAGGGCAGGACUCACGUGCAGAUCGACCCCGAGGUGAUCGAGCAGCUUCGGGACUUUUACAGACCUUAUAACAUCAAAUUCUAUGAGACAGUCGGGCAGGACUUCAGGUGGGAGUGAGUGCCUGGGACACGGGGCUGCAGUGACACUGGGCUGCAGUGACAGGGGGCUGCAGUGACACUGGGCUGCAGUGACACGGGGCUGCAGUGACAGGAGGCUGCAGUGACACUGGGCUGCAGUGACACAGGGCUGCAGUGACACUGAGCUGCAGUGACAGGGGGCUGCAGUGACACUGGGCUGCAGUGACAGGGGGCUCCUGUGAGGAGGGGCUGCAGUGACACUGGGCUGCAGUGACACUGGGCUGCAGUGACAGGAAGCUGCAGUGACAGGGAGCUGCAGUGACAGGGGGCUCCUGUGAGGAGGGGCUGCAGUGACAGGAGGCUGCAGUGACAGGAGGCUGCAGUGACAUGGGGCUGCAGUGACAGGGAGCUGCAGUGACAGGAGGCUGCAGUGACAGGGGGCUCCUGUGAGGAGGGGCUGCAGUGACACUGGGCUGCAGUGACACUGGGCUGCAGUGACAGGAAGCUGCAGUGACAGGGAGCUGCAGUGACAGGGGGCUCCUGUGAGGAGGGGCUGCAGUGACAGGAGGCUGCAGUGACAUGGGGCUGCAGUGACAGGGAGCUGCAGUGACAGGAGGCUGCAGUGACAGGGGGCUCCUGUGAGGAGGGGCUGCAGUGACACUGGGCUGCAGUGACAGGAGGCUGCAGUGACAGGAGGCUGCAGUGACAGGAGGCUGCAGUGACACGGGGCUGCAGUGACACUGGGCUGCAGUGACAGGAGGCUGCAGGGACACUGGGCUGCAGUGACACUGGGCUGCAGUGACAGGGGGCUCCUGUGAGGAGGGGCUGCAGUGACAGGAGGCUGCAGUGACAGGGGGCUCCUGUGAGGAGGGGCUGCAGCCAGGACCCCCAGCCCACCCUGCCCAGAAGGUGAGCAGGGCAGGUGAGGGGUUCCUGUCCCUUAGGGUGAGCAAUGCUCCAGGUAAGGCAGACCCAGAGCCCUGCUGCAGCCCCAGCACAGGGGUGAGUGCCCAGCAGCACUGCCCGUCCCUGCAGGUCCCAGUGGCCUCGGUGGGGUCCUGCUUGCCCUCAGCACCACACAGGGCUGGUGCUGGCCCCAUCCUGCUCCAAGCACACCCCUCUGUGUCCCGAGGCAGGUGGGUGCUCUGGACAGUGGCAGAGCUGCAGCCACUCCCCUCUGCCUCUGUCACAGCUGUACCCGUGGGGACAGUGACAUGUGUCUGCCUGACCAAGAAGUCUGUGGGAAAUGUUGUACUGAUAUUUUGUCCUGUGAAUAAAGCACAGAAUCCUGCUGUUACGGGUACUUUAGCGGCACUGGUGUCCUUGUCCAGCUUGUGAUCCCUUCAUGUAAAUAAAGUGGCUUCCACCAGUCU